UCAGAAUGCUGCCCUUGCAACCUAGCGGAACGAGAUCUACUAUGUAAAUUCAAUUGUGAAAUUAAAUGUGAGCAAAGCGGAGUUACCGUCUCGUGUCCCUUGAUGAUGGCCCAAAUGAUUGAGACCCGUAGUUGGUUCUAUUCAUGGGAUAUACAAAACGGAGGUGAAUAAAUUGAGGAAUUAUUUAAAUUGGCUCGACAACAUUGGGGUCAUGAAACUGGGUUUAUAUCACCUUAUGCCUUACAUUGCACUGCCCUGUACUCACCUUUAUCAAGAGAUUAUGAAUUUGAGAGAGAGAGGUUAGCACAACCUCCAUCUAACGAAACAAUUACGUGCAGCGCCUUGUAUAUAGGUUUACGCUUUUGUGUUGCAGCCAUUAAACUAAAUAGCGAUCAGUUUUUACUUUACCACACAACUGACUCUGUGCCACAUAUAAGCAUAGCAAAAACCGAUGAUGUAGAGUGGAAAGAUACUGGUGUCUGGCUUAAGUCUGUGUUGCAGGUGACUGACUGGCAAAGUGAAGACGGGUUCAAAUUCUCCCCCAGUGCUCGCGCUGUUUGCGCUCCUUUCUUUUGGGUCACGCCAACGGGGAAUCCAUGGGGCAGAGAACCGAGAUGCGGCCCCUGAGGAGGCACUGGGAGGCACGUUUUCACCCUUGCUGAUCGGCCUCCCCGAUUCUCUAUGGGCAAAAGAUAAGUAUGAUAUUGGCCUUAUGAAAGGGGCAGAGCCCCUAACAGUCACACCAAAAAGCACACACCGGCCUAGCCGCGCCCAGUAUCCUCUCAGCAAGGAAGCACAGGAAGGCAUUGCUCCUGUGCAUGCGUCUUUGGUCUCUAGAGGAGAAUCGUGCCCUGCCCAGACUCGCCUUGCAACACCCCGAUUCUCCCGGUCCGCAAAGCCUCGGGAGAAUGGCGAUUUGUCCAAGACCUCAGGUUAGUAAAUGACGCGAUACAUGCAAGGGCCCCUAUUGUGCCAAACCCAGUUACUGUUUUGUCAGCUGUUCCCCCAAGUGCAAAGUGGUUUACUGUUAUUGAUUUAGCAAAUGCAUUUUUUAGCAUCCCCGUUGCAAGGGACUCAUAGUUUUGGUUUGCUUUCACCUUUAUGGGGAAACGGCCUCAAGGGUUCACCGAGUCACCAGCUGUCUUUUCUGCCGCUUUGGCGCAGAAUCUGGAGGGUUUUAUUCCCCCUGGUGGAAGCAAACUCAUAGAGUAUGUGGAUGAUUUGCUUUUAUGUUCUGAAACUCAGCACGCGUGCGAAACUGAUACAAGAGCUCUUUUAGAGUACCUAGCUUGUAAUGGCCAUAAGGUAUAAAAAAAAAAAAAAAGCUGCAGCUCGUGUCACCAUCUGUAAAAUACUUGGGACACGAUAUUACACCGGAAGGCAGGAAAUUGGGCCUGGAGCGUGUCACUGCAAUUCUGACACUGCCCCAGCCUGCCACAAAAAAACACAUGAUGACGUUGCUAGGUAUGGCUGGCUACUGUAGAGCUUGGAUUCCAGAUUACGCUGCAGUAACUCAGCCCCUAGCUGACUUGAUACAUGGCCAUAAGAUGACUAUGAAAGACACAAUUGACUGGACUCCUGACGGACUAACUGCCCUCAAAAAACUUAAACAACUCUUGUCCUCUCCGCCCUGUCUUGGGUUACUCGAUCACUCUAAACCUUUUAACCUGUUUGUUUGUGAAAAGGGAGGAUUCAUGUUGGCAGUACUGACACAAGAGCAUGGGGGAAAACAACGUCCUGUGGCUUUUUACUCUAAGCGCCUUGAUAACGUAGCCCGAGGGCUAGUCUGUUGCUUGAGAGCGGUGGCCGCUGCCACUGAAGCUGUGCUGGCUAGUGCUGACCUAGUUGCAAUGUGCCCUCUAACUGUACAUGUUCCUCAUGCAGUACAUGCUCUCAUUUCACAGGCCAAGACAGCACAUCUGACUCCAGCUCGUCUAUUACAUUACCAGAAUGUAUUAAUGACCAUGUCACAUGUUGUGCUAAAACGCUGUACUGUGCUUAACCCUGCUACACUUCUUCCUACAGAAGCCGAUGGAGAGCCUCACGAUGGAGAGCCUCACGAUUGCACCACCUUAGUAGAACAGGUCUGCAAGCCACGACCCAAUCUUACUGAUGUGCCCCUAUUGAACGCUGCUGUAUGUAAAUGCCAGGCACACACUAACGCUUCUGAUCCUGUCUCUCAAGGGAAUGCUGUUGCAGAUGCUGCUGCUAAAGCAGCGGCCGCAUCAACUCAGGCCCCUGUGCUCCAAAUGGUGUCAUUACCUGCCUUAACUGAAUCUGUAUUUUCUUUACAGGAUGUAGCUGACUUACAACACAGUGUGGGACCUGCCGAGAUAGCUCUGUGGAAAAACAAAUGCUCUUAUGAUUCUACUCAUAAGAUUUGGGUAAAAGCCGCCCUACCCGAGCCGAAGGAGGGGGCACUCCACAAGCUCCUGCCGGGGGACUGGGUGAUCAUCAAAGACCUCCGCCGGAAGCAUUGGCAUCAACAACGCUGGACAGGUCCGUUCCAGGUGCUCCUGACAACGCAGACAGCGGUGAAAGUCGCUGAACGAUCAACGUGGGUCCACGCCAGCCACUGCAGAAAAGUGCCCUAUAGCCCGAAGGGAGAUGUAUCGCCCCCUGGAACAACGUAGACGGCUCGGAUGGCCUUGGGACAGUCAGCUUUGGACCCCCAGAGUCCUGACUGUUAUUUUUCUUGGCAGCAUAUUAAAUGUGUUUCUCAUGUGGCUCUUAACUGAACUAAAAGAUAAUAAAAAAGAGCCAGAUAUUACAAACCACAGCUACGCUGAAAAUCGCACAGAACUCAGAACAAAAACAACAUUGCACACAUGGAGUGCAGAACAUGAUCGAAAACAUGCGGACAAUGGUUGGUGGGCAAUGCUCAACCAUACUGUACGGAACACUUUGAACAUUACUGACACUGGUUUAUAUAUGAUGUAGUGAUAUUGUUGUUGUUUUUGCUUAUCAUAACCUGCGUGAAAAAGUUAUGUACUAAAAUUGUUGACACUGUUUUAAACAUGCCCCUGCUUACUAAUGAUGACCAGUGUAAUGAUUCAAAUGAUGACCCUUUCAACAAAAUGGCAGAUGACCUGAUGAGUUAAGAUAGUGGGGAAAAUCUGCAAGCGGGAUACGUUGGGUCGUCACUUUGUUCAUAUUACACUACAUGUUAAACUUUGUAAAUCUCGCUUUAACUUGUACUAUUGUGUGUGUUUGAAUCCAUUUUCUGAAGAUGGUUGAGACAAAGUCUCAAAAGAGAGGAUAUGUAAUAGAAAUGUUACAGAAAAUAGAACUGACUCGACAUAAUGUACUGGCAUUUUGUACUCCCAUAAUCUUGCUCACAUAACCUUGUAUGCUUUGCUAAAGAUAAGGAACCGCAAGAUGCCUACACUGCAGCUGCGGCUGUGAGAUAAAAGGAUGAGCCAGACGUGUCUUUUUACACGUAUACCCAAACCACCCAUCCUUUUUAUCUGCUUGCUUAGUUUUAUGCCACGUAUGCAUAGUUAUAAGUUUUCUCUUAUAUGCUAAUACCUGAAUCAUCAUUGGCUAACCCUCUGCCUUGCUGACAGUUUUAAGGUAUAUAAGAAACUGAUCUAACUCUGUAUGUUGGAACACUGCUCGAUGAUUAUCUAGCACCCUGUGUGCUGAGAGUGUUCUCAGUUUGCAAACUUAAGAAAUAAAGGCCUGUGUGUUUGGAA